UGCACUACUUACUUACACAAAAGUCUUUUUUUGACAAAACAAUUCUUCGACUCGACGUAUUCGUUACAACUUGAAAGGUUUGCGCGAAUUGCAGUGUAACAAGGGAUAUAAUUAUAUAGCAGGAUAUAAUUAAGGCUGGUCUUCUUCGAAACUAAUGAAUAUCUAGUCCAAUAAUUGCCUUACAAAAGAAAGAAAGAGAGCGGACAUGCCUCACAAGACGCGUGAGCGACCUGUUUUCCUGCUACAAAAGGAACUCAAUUUAAACGUUGAAGCCAGACCAAAUAAAGGCCGUAGAAAGCGGAAACUCAGCGCAGCUGAUUCAGAUCGACGAUUAAAUAAGCGAGGAAUUUGGGUUAAAGUCACAAGGGGCGUCAUCUCGGCGUUAGUUACUCGCAAUGUGGCGCACGAUCCUCAUUCUUGCUGUUGCAGCGACAACAAUUGCAUACCGACAUUAAAGCGAGCUCAAGAAUUAAGCAAAGGGAAAAUUAAGUUGCUGUCUACCCCGUGGAGUGCCAGUGUUUGGAUGAAAGUCACAACUCAAACUAGCAACUCUACUACUAAAUUACGUCCGGAAUAUCGACAAUUAUGGGCAGAUUAUUUCGUGAAAUUUUACGAGGCUUAUCGUAGUCAUGGAAUAGAAUUCUGGGGUACAACGUGUCAAAAUGAGCCAGAAAAUUACAAGUAUGCUAAUUGUGAUAUUCUGGCUUGUGAUUUUCCGGUGCUCUUUAGUCUUCUCGGAAUGGCAUAUACACCCGAGGAAGAACGUGACUGGAUUGUUGAGUACUUGGCGCCAACUCUGAAGAAAAAUAAAUUCGGCCAUAUCAAGAUUUUUUCAAUGGACGAUAACAGGCUAUCACUUCCUCAUUGGCCAAAAAUGGUAUUUCAAGACCAGAAAGCAAGAGAUGUUAUUACUGGAACCGCGAUCCACUUUUAUUACGAUAAUGUUGUUAACUCGAGUGUCUUGGAUGAAAUAAAACAGCUCUUUCCAGAGAAGUCACUGAUAUACUCGGAAGCCUCCAUUGGAAUUUUCGAAGUUAAAAAAGUGAUUCUGGGUUCAUGGGAACGUGGUGAGAGAUACGCAAAGAAUAUCAUCGAGAGCAUGUCGCACUGGGUAUCUGCUUGGAUCGACUGGAACAUAGCUUUAAAUACGAUUGGUGGACCUACCUAUAUAAAAAAUCAUGUUGAUUCUUCGAUAAUAGUCAACGGUACCGCCGACGAAUUCUACAAACAACCGAUGUUCUAUGUUCUUGGACAUUUUUCAAAGUAUGUCCCACCUAACAGCGUAAGAAUCGGCACAACCUCGGAAAAUACUGAGGGAAUUCAAAAUAUUGCGUUUUCCACGUCCGACGGCGGCAUCGUAUUGGUGAUCUUAAAUUUGAACGAAGAAGAGAAAGAAGUUUUGAUAAAUGAUCCGAAGAAAGGAACAGCAAGAUUAAAUGUUCCCGGAAAGUCCAUAAAUACCAUGAAAUACUGGUAAAUAUGUAGGAAAAUUGAAUCCGCCAUAUAAUGUAUCUCUAUUACAUGAUACGUGUAUGACGCGAACGCUUAAACCAUUUUAUUGUUAGUCUCUUAAGCUUUAUUGCAAUGUAUAUGGUCAAAGUGUAUGUUUAGUUCUGAAUGUUAGAUUUUUCUCUCUUCUUAGCCUUUAGAGUUUAUAAUUACUUGAUGUUACAUUAUUUCAAUGCAGAUAAAAUAAAUAAAUAAAAUAAAGUGCCUCAAAUAAUAAAAAAAAAUUAUGCAUGCA